UCUGUCCGGUUGCUGGAUUUGUAAAAACGGAUACAUCAGCGAGUCGCUGUAGGGCGCCGUCGGACAUGCCUUGUUUACGGUGAGCUGGGAACAAAACCCCGCGGUUCAGCCUAACGUUUCAGAAUAAACCUCCGUCCAAGAGAUUAUUAAAAGAAGGCCAGACAAGGAAAAAGAGAGAGAGAGCAAGGGGAUGUUGACUUAUCCCUCUGACUCGCUCCCUCAGAUAGUUUUUCCAAUGGAUGAAGAUGCUAUUUCCCCAAACCCUUUCUGUAGUGCACCUCCCCACAGUGAACCUCCACCACCUCUCCUCCCCCUUUCCUCCAUCACUCCCAGUUUUGCAAAAGAUGGAAUAUCUGGGCACAGAAGGAGUGGUCGCAUUCAAGGGAUCCGAGCGCAAACGUCUAAAAAGCAGAGCAACACAUACAGCGGAGCAACUCGGAAACCAUCCAGACAGAUUCCGUCCCCCACCAAGAGACGAGAGAUUGGAAGCAUGGUGCAAGUGUCACAGUCCAAGCUGUCGAGAGUUGAAAGCACACAAGUACAUGAGAAACAAAACAAGGACGGAUUUGAUUUCAGUUUUGCAGCAGAGUGCCAAAAUGAGAAAACGGACCAGAAAAGCCCGCAGAAGAAAUCAAACAUCUCUGCUGCAGAAAAUGUAGUUGAGCAGGUGGCUGACAAUACCGGACAGAAUCUUGAUGGUACUAAAUCUGACAUGGAUUCAUGUGGGGGCAUGGCUUUUGGACACACUGUUGAAAAUGCAUCUGCUCCAAAGGGAUGGGUGAUCGGGCCAUUGAUUCAGUCAUUCAAGUCGAAGAUGGCCAGUUUCACAGAGAUUGUCAUGAGUCCUGUUAAACUCUUCAGAGCUAAUAGUCCUCCAUUGUCCAUGGAACAUUCAGACAAACUCACUGAAUGUGAGCUACAGGCUGAUGAAACAUCUUAUGUUGAGCCAAGCAAUAUGUUUCAGCCAGUGGGACAAAGUGAGAAUCGGAAUCAGGAGGCUGAAGCUAAUCAGCAGUGGCGUAGUGAUAUAGAAAUUGCACAAAAAGGGAAAACCGGUGCUCUUAAAUAUUCUAAAAAAUUAGCGUUUGAUGUGGAUUUGUCAACCCACAGCUCUGAACAGGGUGAUGAAUGUGCAAUAACUCGUGAGGAAAAAAACUCACCGGAUUCUGUGCCUUUGCAAGACAGUCCCUUACCCUGCAUUGUCUCCAAACAAGUUUCAGAAUCUGUUGGGUCAGUGAUUAGGUCCUCUAUACUUUUAGAACCCUCCAUCAAUUUAAGUGCCUCACGUGAAUCCAAGUUGAAGAUAUCCAGUGCAAUGGAGGAACAAGACAAGCAGCCUGUCUGGCUGAAACCACUGCCUAGAAAACGUACGGGAAAUAGAUGUGAAUCAAAGGAAGUUAUUUCUAAGCCUCUAACAUCUGAAGUCAUAAAGGAGGAGUCUGACCUAGAGGUCAGUGAGCAGCUUUCUCAGAAGAACUCAGUCAAAUCAAACAAAGCUAACUCAACUAAUACUGACCAAACUCAGUCAUUAUCAUCUUCAGUCUGUUACACUCAACUUGAAACAAACUGUCUUCAGCCUGAUGAUAAUGAUGAUUAUGAUGUCAAGAAAAUGGAAAGUUGCGGCUUGGUUAGACAAAGCCUCUGGAAUAACGUAAAUGAUAGUGCUAAUGGAAGGACACUAAAGCCCACUUUGGAUGCUCAGCAGCUGGAAAAUCACCUAAACCCUGAUACUUCUUCAGCUGCAGGUCUCGGUAGAUCAAAGAGGGGGCUGAAACUGUCCUGUCAUUCCCAAGAACUGGUGAAGAGGAAAAAACUGACAGGAGAUAUAUGUUCAGAGGAUACAAAAAGCCAACAUUUGUUAAACGUGGCUUCAGAUCUUGGCUUAUUGAGAGGACUGAGACCACCAAGAAAGGAAGGUGUGUCGACAAACACCAUUGUAGACAGGGAAGAAAGACUGAAGCCUCUUAGAAAAAGACAGGCUGUUUCAACAAGAGCAAAUACGAAAGGAAAAGGAGAACAGGAAAUUCUUCCUACGAUAAAUGAAGCAGUGUUAAACACACAGACUGAAAGUUCACCUGAUGCUAUGUUGGUUUGCUCACUGGAUAAAAUCAGUGGUGUGUCAGAGAACAACCAAAAGGGCAGCUGCAGCAGCAAGACUAAGCCUAGUGGUUCAUGUAAAAGACUUAAAACAAGAACAGGUCUUAGUAAACCAGAUGUAAACAUUGACAGUAUGGAUCUGGAAACCACCGUGGCAAUCACUUCUACCAGACAAGCCCAGCAGGAGCCGUUAUCAGAAAUCCUUGUGCGUCCUGAUAGAAAGCAGCUCCACAGCACAAGUAAGUGCAGGAAUACAAACAAGAAACCACUAAAGCGAAAAUUGCCAACCCAAGCGAGUUCAAUGACAGACUCAGACAGCACUUUGGUUUCUUCCUCAUCAGUACUUGUAUUGGAGCCAUUAGAACUCACACCCACAGAUUUGAACACCUCUCCGCCUGUUCAAAGAGAGGAGAACUUGAAAACAGGACUGAACCAGCCGUCCAAAAUAUCCAAAAAGGGUUUAAGAGGUGCUGUUACAUCUUCUCAGUCAGGUGGGACUCAAGAGACAAAGCAGUGUAUCAGUAAUCUUCAUUUGAUAACCAAAGAAAGCCAGUCUAAGGAAGGCAAAGGUAAAAUCUCAACGGACCCUGUAUAUUUUGAAAUGACACCUUUUGAAGGUAAUCACCAGCCGGUUCUUUCACUCUCCCAAUCUCAUUUAGAGUGUUAUGUGCAAUUAAAUAAUGAAGUUAAGCAAGUCCUAGAUGAGAAAGUAAAGAGUACUGUUCCUGUGGUGGUUGAGGUAUUUCACACUGACACUGGAGCCAGUAAUCACAGCAGCAUCAGUGACUCUAUGCUUAGGUCUAGUGCAAGAAGAGUUAACAUUAAGCCAAGGAGAGCAGAUAAACAAAGGAGAAGGUGCAGAGUUUUGCACAGUAGGUCACAUAAAGGUGAAGAGAUGACAAACUCGAUCACUAUGGAGGAUGCAGAUCUGGCUACAGUGGGUACUCGCUCAUCAGAAAACGGCUUUUCAAGGCGCCUGUUACGCAGCUACUCGUGCCCAGAGAUCCCCUCCCUCUGUCCCCAUGACACACCCUGGACGACUUCUUUGCAUUCACCACAUCACAGCAGGACUCACACGUCACACCAGCACCAGUCUUCCCACACUCCCUUUGUCCCUAAUGCGCACAAAUCCCUCCGGCGGGCUCGUCGACACACAGUCUGCAGUGUGGAGGUGGAGAGGGAGAUUGCUCCUCUGUGUCUUCGUAAGGAGGUGUACCCAUCCAGAAGAUCUGCCCCGUAUGACAGCUUCACCCAACACCUGUCUCCUUGUCUCGCACUUUCUCCAAGCACUUCCCUUUCGACUCUGGCGUCCUGUUUCCUGUCAAGCCCCCUGGCUUUCCUUUCCAAGAAAGUUGACAGCAGAGGAGCUGCUGCCAGCCCGAGCACUUCCACUCAUGUUUCCUCUCCCACCUCUUCCUCCUUUUUGACCUCCCCAUCGAGCUCCUCCACAUGGCACCUUCCAGGAUUCCUCCAAAGAAGUGACUCUUCUCGUAUUACCUCGGACACUAGUAGCAGUGGGAAUCCAUUGGAGUGUGAGAUUGAGAGAAGACAACAGAGUGAGGAGGAGGAUGAUGGUGAAGACACAAGCUCAUCCAGUCAGGAGUAUGAAGAUGUUGGGUUGAGAGAGGAAAAGGCCCUGUCUGAUUCUGAAAUCAAGGUGGUGCAAAAGCAUGAGGAACGAGGGAAGGUGUCGUCUAUCAGAAUUCGGAAAACUUUACCCAAACCUCAGAACAACCUGACACCCAUGGGCCUGCCAAAACCCAUCAGGCUGAAAAAGAAGGAGUUUAGUUUGGAAGAAAUUUACACCAAUAAGAAUUUCAACAAGCCCCCUGAAAGCCGGUUGGAGACCAUAUUCGAGGUACCUCUGAAUCGCCGGAAUGGUUCUGAGUCCUGGUUUGGCCAGAGACGUGUCAAACGAUAUUUAGAGUUCCUGGAGGUCGGCGAGGCCAGAAAACCAAAGAAGCCGCUCGUUGGUGUUGGAAAGGCAGGUAUCUCCUCUUCCAGGACCAGACGAGGGGGCUUCUCUAAAGACGAACCGUCCCUCAGCGUGCAGGAUGUGGACUCGCUGCUUUGUGCCAAGCUAGAUCAGUUGAAUUUGUGGUUGAUACAUGAUCAGAAAGACAGUUGACAGAUCUCUCUUAUAUGGCAAUAAUUUAGCAGCCAUUAAAAAAAAUACUGCAACGCUGUUUAUGACUAUUUCUAAUGUAUUUUCAAGAUGAAGAUUCAUAUGCGAGUCUGAAAGCUCAUUGGUUUUUUUUGUCAGGGCAAACAGUCUAUAAAUGUUGUGGUAACAAGUUAUUACUGAAGUAUUGCGUUUUCAUUCUGUGGAAUUUUUAGCCUGCAUAAGUUUGUUACAGUAAGUUGCUUUAUUAUCAUCACAGCACUCAAACCCCUGCCGUCCAUUUUUCCUGUUGGCCACUUGCCAUCAGCAUAAGGUGAAACCGUCUUGAAAGAAAAGUUGACGUCUUUGAUUUAACACCUGUACAGUGUCAUAGCAUAUUUUCAGUUUGUUAAAUCUCAAAACUUACCCACGGAUCAUUGCAAAUCUGCACAACCUCCCUAUAACGGUGAGUGAUGGUGGCGUUUUGCUAAUUACUGUUCCCUUUCAAAAAUGAUACUGCAGAUUGCGUCUUAUUUCUGUUGCGCUGUCUGUUUUGGAAGGAAGCAGUGUAUUAAAUAAGUAGUAGUGACAUGCAGCAUUAUUGUAAGUUAUUUAUAAGGCAGCUAUUUUUUAUUAAAUGCCGAAUAUAACUUUUAAACAUGCCAGCAAGAGAUUUGUUUUUGCUGCAACCAAUUUCAAAGCCAAGUUUCUGUCCAUGAAGUUAAUGUACAGUCAAGUGUGUCUGCAAAUAGCAUGGACUGUGUAAACCAUUUUAUUCAGCUCAGGGCAGACCCUGUUCAAGUAUCCAAUUAUUUCUGUUUUUUAAUUUUAUGGCAGAAGAGGUUUUUGUUUGUAUAAAAUAUAACAUGGAAACAAUACAGCACUCCAGAGAGCUUUAUUGUUCUCACAAUCAAUCAGAUUCUACCGCUGGUUGUCUUUUUAUUACCUGUGGUUCUCUGGAUUGUUUUGUGGUGUCUACAUUUGUAUUACAAAUGCAAAUGUAACUUCUUGAUAAACUGUCUAUGUAUGUAUGUUUGAUUGUUUGUUUUUUUCCAAAAUGAGGUUGCCUUAAAUGUAAGAUUUUCUGUUUUAAAUAGAUGUUUUGUAGGCGUAUUUGUAUCGUCGCUUUUUUUCUAUGAGGGCAUGUCAAAAUGGAUCAAGCAACUCUGAGCACAAAUGUUUUGUUGUUUUAUUAUAAAACUGUUUCUGUUAUAUGUUUGUAUAAAAGUAAAACAUAUUGAUACAUUUGACAUUAAUAAAGCUAAUAUGGUAACAAUGCAAUAAUACCAAGAUAAUGUUGGCACAACAAGAGCAGGAUCUCAUAAUGUUCUGAUGAAGCACUGCCAUGCCAUUUCAUUUCCAGUACAGACCCAAGCCUUCACAAACAGGUUAAUGUUACUACGUUUUAGAUUCACAGAUUGACUAAUUUAUUAACUUUUUUGUAUCUGCAAGUAUCUAAAAUUAAAUAUGUUAAAUUGUAAUAGCAUUUGAGGUGCCAAAAUAUUGAGCAUUGGGUCAUUACUGGGGGAGUGAAUAUUCUAAUCUUUAAUAUAUAAUGUGUAUGUAUCAUAUAGUGUUAUGUCUCACACUAUAGGUAAUGUUGGAUUUUUCUAUGGUCAUUUAGAAUUGGAAUUGUCCAUAUGUUCAUAUAUUGUUAAAUAAAUAUUACAGCGUAUAAGAAAACAUGU